AUGGACGACGACGAGUUUUUGUACGGGUCCGCGGAGGACAGGGACGCGCAGCAGACGGAGACGACGAUCGAGGCGAAGGACGGCGCCGAGCUGGAGCCUGCGCAAAAGGCCGCGAGCGAGGAGUCCAGCAGCGAGGAGGCCGACUCGGACUCGGACGUGGAGUUCAUUAUUGGGUCGUCCGAGUCGAAGGCGGUGGCCGUGGACGACAAGACCAAAGAGCAGCCUGCGCCAGGCCCGGAACAGGCCUCUGUUCCGAUUUUCACACAGACAACAGGACUAGACAUCAACCAGGUGGCGUCGUACGAGGGCCAGCCAAUCACACAGCUGUCUCUGGAGGAGCUGAAGGAGAAGCCGUGGCGGCUGCCGGGCGCAGACAUCUCGGACUACUUCAACUACGGCUUUGACGAGCUGUCGUGGCUGGCGUACUGCUCGAAACAGGACAAACUGCGGGCCGAGUUCAAUCCGUCGAAGCUGAUCAACGACCUGAUAGCGAGCGGCUCGAUUCCGCCAAGUCUGAGCGGGCUUCUGGGCGGGAUGCCUGGCGGGAUGCCUGGCGCGAACGGCCAGACGCCGAUGCCGCCUCCGUUCAUGAUGGGGAUGCCGCCGUUCAUGGCGAUGCCCAACAUGUUUGGGCAGAAGAAGGACGGUGCGCAGCAGCAGCAGGGCACGAAACUGCCGUCGCGGCCGGCCUCGAACUCGACGCCCGAGCCGGGCAACAAGUCGGGCAGGGCGCAGGGCAGCCAGCGCGACCAGGCCGACAGGGACUUCGAGACGGGCUCGCACCAGCAGAGCUACAGGGACCGCGACGAGAGGGGCGGCGGGGGCGGGGGCAGACGAAGACGCCGCUAG